AUUUUUUUGUCUCUCGACGAAGCUGAAUAAAUAUUACACAGGAACUAGACACCGUUUACACGUGGACGGUUACUCGUUUUAUGGGAACGAUGGCGGGAUUUCUGAUAUAAAUAUUGACAUUUUGGUUUGUUUCUGGCUCCUUCUGUCAGCAACAAUGGAAAGCACGGAGGUGUAUCAUAUUGGGGGUCAUAAGGUUAUGUUCCCCUUUAAACCUUACCCUUCCCAGUUUGAUAUGAUGAAUAAGAUUCUUAGUGGAUUGGACAAAAGACUGAACUGUCUCUUGGAAAGUCCUACUGGAAGUGGUAAAACACUCUCCUUACUUUGUUCAAGUUUAGCUUGGCAGAAAACCGAGGCCGCUAAAAUUGAAAUAUUGAAUAAGGAAAACCAGAAAAAUAUCUGUGAGUUUUGCUGGGAUCCACAUCGUUACCAUCGUACAUACCAUCUCCAACCAAAACAGAAGACAAAUAAGAAAACAAACUCUAAAAAACAGUGCAAGACCGGUAUUAAGGAAGAGGAGACAACCUGUUGUAACAAGGAAGCUGAUGUCCUAGAAAAGACUGAGGAAACAUCUUCACAACAAGAUGAUGAUGAUUUCAGAGAUUUCUCAGAGAUCAUAAAGGAACGACAUACUGCACAGACUUCAUCAAAAUCAAGUCGAAGCCAUGUUACCAUUGAGUAUGAAAAUGCCCAGGAAACUGACAUGGAAAUUGUUGAUGGUUGUGGGGAGUGCAGUGAUUCUAAAGGAUGUGAUAUCGACCAGCAGGAACUCAGCUAUACAGAGUGUGACAGAUGUUUUUGCCAGUGUGGCGGAAGCAAUGAAAAUGCAUCUAAAAAACUAAAGGUACCAAAGAUUUUCUUUGGCACACGAACUCACAAGCAAAUCAAACAGAUUGUUGGAGAACUGAAGGAAACACAAUAUAAAGAUGUGAAGAUGUGUAUCUUAUCAAGCCGAGAAAACCUGUGUAUUAACAGUGAAGUAAGAUCAAAACCAUCCAUAAACGAGGCCUGUAAAGAUUAUCUUGAGCUCCAGAAAUGUAAUUACAUUAACGGUGCUAUGAGAUUCUCUACUCAAAAUGAUAUAAGAAAGUUUGGUCUGGAAACUGCUUGGGACAUUGAAGACCUGGUGAAAAUAUGUCAGAGUAAAAGGAUGCAGGCUUGUCCCUAUUUUCUCACUCGGUCUCUUAUGAAGGACUCAGAUAUCAUAUUUUGCCCAUACAACUAUUUACUGGACCCAACAAUACGCAAAAUAAUGGAAAUUAAAUUGAAAGGCAACAUUGUGAUACUUGAUGAAGGUCACAACAUUGAAGACUCUUGUCGUGAAGCAAUCAGCUACACAGUAACCUCAUCCUGGUUAACAAAACUAAUUAAAGAGUUAAAUGGCUUAGUUCAGAACAAAGUAAAUUCAAACAGUUUCCAGUAUUUGUUAGAUUUGGUGUACAGUUUACAUUCCUUCGUCCACAAACGUUCAACUGAUCUCCAACAGACAGAUUUCAACCAAGCCAGUAAAAUUUGGUCAGGCUUUGAGGCUGUGGCUGAGCUGGUUCAUAUGAAGAUUGGACCAAAAGAUAUAAACAACUUAUCAGUACACCUCAAACAUUUACGAGAUGAAGCAGAAAGAAGAAAGAGAAACAAGUUGGUUUACCCAAAAUUGAGCAGUGCGGGAUUCCAGAUGUUUGAUCAGCUGUUAGUAUCUCUCACCUACUUCUACAUGAAUGACCUGAAGAAUGUAGAAGAUUUUCGAUUGGUUCUUCUCAGAAAUGUCACAUUUGGACCAAAGAAAGGCACAAGAUCAAAAUCACGCGUAGAAAACUUUGGUCCCAAGGAAGAACUGACUCUGUGCCUAUGGUGUUUGAACCCUGGUGUGACAUUCAGUGAUUUUUCUGGCACCCGAAGUGUGAUCAUCACCAGUGGUACCCUCUCACCCAUGGUAUCAUUUCAGUCAGAACUGGAAUUUCCAUUCUCAGUUCGAAUGGAAGCAAGGCAUGUUAUACCAGCUUCUCAGGUUUUGGUGAGGGCCAUUGGAUGUGGACCUUCUGGAAGGUCACUUGUGGCCACCUACAAACAUACUGAAACUUUUGCCUUCCAGGAUGACCUUGGUGACAUUGUUUGUGACGUCUGUAUGAGAACACCUAAUGGCGUGUUGUGUUUCUUGUCUUCCUAUAGUCUGCUUGAUAAACUUUGCAAAAGAUGGCAGGCCAUUGGAUUAUGGAAAAAAAUUGAGGAACGGAAAGUAAUUGUAAUGGAACCACGAACAGGAAGGAAAGAAGAUUUUACAAAAGCUUGGCAAAAAUUCAAAGUUUAUGCUCAAGGAGACUUCACAGAUUCCAUGGAGGAAAAAGAAGAUAUCACACAAGAUGGUGCCUUAUUCUUAGCAGUGUGUCGGGGUAAAAUCAGUGAGGGGAUAGAUUUUUCAGACAACAGUGCAAGGGCUGUCAUAACGGUUGGAAUCCCUUACCCUAAUGUGAAGGAUAUUCAGGUUUCAUUAAAGAAGGAGUAUAAUGAACUACACAAAAGGACCAAAAACUUACUUCCAGGAAAUGAUUGGCUAGAAAUCCAGGCUUUCCGUGCCCUAAACCAAGCCCUUGGCAGAUGUAUUCGACAUAAAAAUGACUGGGGUGCCCUGCUCUUGGUUGAUUCUCGUUUCCUACAAGGCAACAGAUACCAUAAAGGUUUAUCAAAGUGGGUCCGUGACAUGUUGAAGUCCCAGCCCAAUUACACAGUUGCUAUGCAGUCUCUGACAACAUUUAUCAAAGAUAAAAUGAAAACCAACAGCUCAUUACUGGAAAAAUCUACCCAUAGUAUUGAAAAUAACCACCCAUCAUCAGACAAUUUACACAUGGAGCCCAUCCAGUCUAGUACACCUAUAGCUAAGCGUAGCUGUAGUGUUCAUCCUGAAGGCAAGCCAAAUAAAAAUAAUCUCACACCUGAAGGUCACUUAGGAGAUUCCAAUAAACCUGCCCAGAAUGCAGCAGAACUUUCCAGUGUCCUUGCUGCUUGUUCUCCCAGUAGUAAGUCAGAUGCAGAUUUUGUUGAAAUGGUGCCUCAGUCUUCAAAGUACUUCAGUUCUUUGGUAGAUCAACCAGAACUGGUGCCAGAGACACAUAAGCGAUCAAAUGAGGCCAACUCCUGUUCUCACAGUAAAGCCUCCAAAGAUUCUGGCUUAACAACAAUAUCUCCAAGUCAAUCCAAGACCCAGAUGAUAGCAACAGAAGAUUGCCAGUCAAAGAAUUCCAAAUUGGCUGCUGGGUGUGUUGAAGUUCACAAUUCAGAAAUCAGUGGAAAGGACACAAAAUGUAAUACAGAGACUGAUCUCAAAUGCUCGCAGACCUCCUCAGUGAAUGGCAGUCCUGUUUUAUUUAAUGACCUUAAUGAUUCUACUGAUGAUGCUGAGCUCUUAUCAAUGAUUGAAAGUGAGGCUGAAAAGAGCAUCACAAAAGAAUUUAACUGGUCUGAUGAACUGUCAGAAUCUUCAAGUUCCUCACCAAAUCAGAUUGCAGCUGAAAGUAACUUGAAGGAAACAUUGAAAAUGAUGGGUCAAGAAAAACAUUCAACAUUGAGAUUGCCAGUGCAAUCUUCUUUUGAUUCUUCUGGAGAAAUGUUCAAUGAAGAUCCAGACUUAAUGACCUUCAUUGAAAACAGCUCCAAGAUUGAUUCUUUUUCCUCUGUAAUUGCUUCCUCUUCACACAAAAACCUAAAAGGAGACAACAAUAAAAUAGAAGACACAACCAGUUCAACACAGUUGAACCAUAAACUGCAACGAUGUCCCUUGUUCAAAACAGCUUCCAGCCAUCCACAUGCACAAACUAGUGCAAAGAACGAUCUGCAAGGUUCUCACAGGCUGUCAUCUGUUGAUCGAGAUCCUUUUGCAGAGCUUCUGUCAUUUGAGUCCCAGGAAUUGAAACUGAAACACUCAGCAGGACGGAAACGACGACCUUCAAGUAACCAUGUGAAGUAUAACAAGAAGUCCAGAGGUAUCGCAUAUGAUUCAGCAGAAGAGAAAGAACAGAAAGAAGAACUUGUUAUUCUCUGCAAGAAUUGCCAUCGGAAUCUUUUUUCUGUACAUAGCAAUAUAGAAAAACGGUCAAGAUUACCACCACUGGUGAAAGAUAUUUUCACAGAUAUGCAACGUGUGUUUCUUUACUUAGCGGCCAACACCAGCGACCAGCUAGACAGUGUCUCAACUGUGAAAUUUCAGAUUGGCAAUGGUGCUGCUUUAAAUAGUUGCUGGUUUCCAAAAUAUGGAUGCUGUAUAGAAUAUUUACAAUGCAUUUGCAAUCAUGGAACGAAACAGACUCUUGGUGUCAGAGUGUUAUUAGGAUCAACUGAUUACCCCACUGGUCAGUUAUGGCUAUUAGAUGAAGCAGUGAAAAUCAACAGUGUCCAUGACUAAACAUCAUUCAUCCGGUUUUGUUUUUGUAUCCACAACACCUGUUGCUCGUCAAUGACAUCCUACUGCUCUCAGUGACCUACUAUUAAACUCUCAAUGACAUACUUCUCUACUCGGUGGUAAUACACUUCAUUCAGUAAUACAAUACUCUUAAUGGCACAUUAUGACUCUCGAGUGAUAAAAUAUUUUAUUGAAUAAAAUCACAUCUUUUUAAUAUUUAAUUUUCCAUAUCUUGUAUAAUCAAUUUUUUUUUUCUCAGGUUUAUUUUUAAAAUAAUAAAUUUUUAAAAGAUUUUUA